UGUUGCUUCCACUUGUGCUGCUGCUUUAUACUGUGGUCUACAUGUUUGUUCAUUGGUGCAGAUGCAUGCAGUUUUUUUGUAUAUUUAACCCAAUUAUUGCUCAUUCUUCUCCAAAUGUCCACAAAAGAAGUCUAUCAGAUGUAGAAGAUGUAUUUUGGUACAUGGUGUUUUUUUAAAUCCGAUAACUGUUUAUUAUGGAUAAUAUUUUGAAAUUCUGAAUGCUGGAAUUCCACAUGUCAUUAUCACAGUAGACUGUGGUCCAUGAUGGUUGGCAUGUCUUUUAUGCAAAGUUGCAACUGAUCAUGGUUUUCAUUUUAAUCUUUUAUUUUCUCUUCUUUUUUUCCUGGUAUUUGUUUAUUACAUAGCGGGAAAGGCUUUUUAGAUAGGAAAGAUAAAAUUAGGAUAAUUCCUUUUGAGACCGAAGCUCCUGAGGAACUUUUGGAAGACGAGAAAUGCGUGGAGCUAGGGAAGAGACUGAUAGAAGACUUUUUGAAAGAAAGCCAGAGAAUUUGGCAACAGGAAAAUGUAGGAAGGAGGUCAAAGGGCAGUUCAGAGAAACACAAUGAUUCAGCUCCACUUGAUAACUUGGUUUCAAAGUCUUGCGAUGUUCCUAGUUAUCCAAAGAAAUAUGACACAAUUGAUAGAAGACGAUCAAAGAAGCUGACCUACCCAAAAUACAAAGGAAAUAUCAGCAAUGACUUGUUUACUGGCAGCGUGGGCUCAGACGUUCCAGGUCAAAGGACCUCACAGGCUCAUUGUUUAGAAGCUGAAAAUGCAGAGGACAUUCUCUUCUCUGAGUCCUCCAGAUAUGGGCCCAUGCUUUCAUUUUUUCCAGUUUUACGACCGUACAAAAACGGAUUGAUGGUGAAAAGUGGAAAGAUUUCAAAUGUUGAUUGUCAAAAGCAAAAAGAUACAAUGCAGAUAGAAGACACUGAGGCUUAUGUAGGGGAAACGCCAGAGUACAGUUCUGCUUUGGAUGCUCUUGAAGAGAAUGAUAGUAGUGCUUCAGACACUCAGCCAUAUUCACCAGUUUCUGAUGAUGAUUUAGAGGAACUCGCUUUACUCUCUCAGUCUUACAAUGGUCAUGAUUUAGUCUAUACCAAUGGGUUGUCUCUUAAUGCUUUUCACAAGGGUUCCCUUAGUACUAGAGAAGAUCUCCUUAAUGACAAAAAUGCUAUGACAAAAUCCCAAAGAUGUGCAUCCUCAAUGAGAAAUCUGAAACUGUCGCCUGUAGAAGAACCAAACGAAGAGUUUGUAGAUACAAUGGACGAGUUGCAGUGCUUAGUGGAAUCUGUUUCAGAAUACUUGGCAGAAAAAGAAGAAGAAAUAAACAAAUUCCAUGACUUGACAGGAAAUAACCUAAACUCCACUAAUUUGGUAAAUAAACAAAAUGCAAGGGAUGUGAUUGAGAAGCUCCCUUUGAAUGUAGAGGAGAGGGACAAGGAAAGAACUGUACAGCCAGAAUCUCUUACAGAUUUAUCAGGACUGAAAAAUACAGUCAACUGUUUCUUUAGUUCCUUUUCCCAGAAAGUAGGCUCAGGGGCAAAACAAAUUUCAGCAUCCGUAGAGAAAAUGGUUUCUUCCUCUCCAGAGAAAUCUGAAAACCCUAUUAGUGGUGGAAUUUCAAAAAUCUUCAGCAGUCGAUCUGUGGCUAGCGGUAAUCUUCCAAAUGUGAAAAACAGUCAUCAUGAGGACCAAACACUCAAUCAAGAUAUUCCAACUCCCCAUCAAUCAGCCAUAAAAAUGAAUUGUAAUAUGGAGACUAGGAAGCUAGACGGGUCUUCUAUAUCUGAGAUCACAAAUUCACAUACACCAGAAUCUCAUAAUUUACCAAGCAAAAAACUUGAUAUGAAAGUAGUUGACACAAGUGAUGCUUUACCAACACAAGCCUAUGAUUCCUCCAAAAUAAUGCACAAAGCAACGUUGGGCCAUAUGAAACCGACAGAGAAGUCAUCUUUAACAGCAGAAGUUACAUAUAAUCCUCUUUUAAGAUCAAAUAACCCAGACCCAAAGAACACUGUGUUUGAAAAAAUGAAGGACGAUGAAAUAAUUAAUGAUAAACCGAUGGGGAAAAGUGCAGCAGAUUCACCACAGAAAAGUAGUGCAGAAUUCUUAAAUCCACUGAAAAAAUCAAUUAGUCAACUUUUCAGUUUUUCAGAAAGCCCAGUGGACAAGCAAGAAAACCUGGCAAAAGCAAGAGUCUACAAAUCAGAAAACGAUCUCCAUAAAAAUGACUUUUUUUCAAUUGGAAAAAAAAUCCAAAUUCCAUUUUUGAAUUCUUCCAGUUCCUCUGAUUCAGGGGCUAAAAAUAGUCCCUUUGAAAAGAAAGAAAAUGUAGAUUUCCUUGACCAAUCACCUAAGAAAGAGGAGCUGCCGAAACGGUCCUCUCUGCAACAAAUUUCAACAGUCAAGAAAGAUUGUAUGUAUCAAAAUAACGCUGGUGUUGAAUCCAAGAGCAAUGAUAUAAACACUCAGCAACUCUGUGGUAUAGCCGCCACCAGAGAGGAAGAGAACUGUAAAAACAAAAUAAAUAUUUCUUCAAACGGUUCUUGUUCUGAGGCAUCAUGUAACAAUGAGGGCAGAGUACCUUUCGAUGAUAAAUUUAAAUCAAAUCCCACCGUAGAAGGUGAAGGAAGUACAAACACAUUUAUAUCAAAACUGAUUAGAUUUGCUUCCACAGAAAAUCUAUCGACAACGAAAGAAAACACCUUCAAACAGAAAGAAAGCAGCCAAACUGGUAGGACUUCUGGAUUACUCUCAGGUUUAUUUAAGUUUGCCUCUUCCGAUAAUUUGUCUAAACAAAACCCAGCUAAUUCAUGUUAUGGCACUCAAGGUAAAGCUUCAACUGAAGGAACCAAUCCCUUUAAUGCUGAGAGAGGCAGUGACAAAACUGAAGAUGGUUUUUUCAGUAGAAUUAAAAGUAUUUUGCCUAAGCAGGAAGAAAGUGUUAGUAACCUAAAACAACCAGAGGUUUAUCAGCAAGUCAAGCUCCUACAUGAAGAGCAAAAGACGACUUUCAAAGAUAAAACCAACAGCCAUUGUAAAUUGGAGCCACUAUCAAGAGAUGUAUCUGUCCAGUUUGAUAAUGACUUUGAAGACAGUGGGUUGUAUUGGAUGGAUGAUUAUGAGAAAAUUUCAGAAAAAAAUACUUCCUUUGUUCAGAAUAAUAUGCCAGAUAUUUCUUACAAACAUCAAUGGGUGGAAGACAGCAGAAGCCAGGCAAGUUUUGAGUGGGAAUAUGAUACUGCUAGCUGGCACUCUGAUCAAUAUCCUGCAAAUUUAGUUGUCAAUCAGAAUUACCUUUCUAGUCAAACUAAUUUAACUGAAUCCAAUGAUACAGUCAUCAAUUUAUGUCAAAGGGACAACAAUGCCAAUGUAGACUGGAUAUCAUUUAUUCCAGUUGAACAACAAAACCUUGACCCGGUCGAUGUCUGGACGUCAUCUGCGUCUUGUGAACAAGGCAUAAACGUUGCACCUGUUGCAGAAGACACCACCAGUUUUAGUGAAGGAUUGCCCAUGGAUUUGAGUUAUUCUUCAAACUGCGACGGCAACCUUUGGACGUUAAUCGAUCAAGAGUCAUUAAAUCUGGAUGAAAGUAUAUUGUACAAUGAUGACAGCACUUUAUACAGCGAUGAUUAUUUUGAGUGGCUGGCAUUGCUUGAGUUUGGUCUCUGGUGGCCUUCAGGAGAUGGAGAUUGUGGUUAUUAUAUGUACAGUGAUGGUCAAUAUAUAUAUUCACUUCUAACUGAUCCUACUGGGGAAUAUGUUUAUGUGUGCACCCCUGACACAUAUUCUUAUUUAGACUAUGAAGAUCUUUUACAAGGCGAUUACUCUCACACAGAUGACAUUAUUAUUUGUGGAUUCAAAGUUCCUCUGAGUCAUGGGAUUUCUUCCCUCUUUAUGGUGGAGGAGCAAACUGAGCACAACAUGGAAAACUACCCUCUUGAUUUAGCUUCAAACAGGAGUGAUCAGUUAAUGAACAUGAAUUUGGCGACUUUCUCCCACAUGUUUGAAGAAUCGAUACACAGUCAAAUAGACCAGCCUUUAGAUUUUUCAAGUCGAAAACUAAAAAAGGUUAAGGUUGAUUUACGCAGCGAGAGUGACGUGCAAUUCCCUGAAAAGUAUCCAGUAUGCCUUGAUUUAAGAAAACAUCACAAAUUCUCUCCAUGUGUAGAGGAAAGCCAUUCAGUGAGUAACAAAAGUAAAUCUGCUAGUGCCUCGGACAAAGGAAUCGUUAAAAUUCCAGGUUUUAAUAUUUUCAAAUCAAGUAACCAAGAUGAUGUUCAGUCUAUGGACAAACCAAGUUCAGAUAAUAAAUCUCAGUUCAACCCGGUGUCAUCAUUGUUUUCCUCCUUGGGAGGUCUUUUUGGUAAAACUGCAGAUACAAAAGGGUCCUCUGUGAAUGUUGACGGCCCCUCAAAACUGGCUGAUUUUACAACAAAUGAAUUCUUGUCUAGUAAUAAAAACUUUACAAAGAAUCAAUCACAGGAAAGUAUUAAGUUUACAAACAACAUUGGUGAUAUUCAUGAUGCAUCAAGUCUACAUUUAUUGAGUGAAUCACCGAAAAAUACGCCUUUGACUCUACAAACGGACUGUCAGAAUAAAAAUGUUAAUAAUACGCCUCCACCAGUGAAUAUUUCCAAAUUAAAUACUGAUAAUAUGAAUCUAGGAAAGGCAAACCAUGAGCAGUUUCAUGGCGGCAGUGUUGAUGCUAAACCUGGCCCAGAUGUGCCUGAGAAAAAUUUAUUUCAGAGUGCAAUGCAAAUAUUUAACAUUAGUGAAAAAGCAUCUACUAAAGAGAGUAAUGAGACGGGUAACAUUUCUGGAUUCUUCAACUUUUUUAAGACUCAGACAGAUACAGGAUCGUCACAUUCUGUAAAAAAUCCUCACCACCCCGAUACUAAAUUAAUGGACUUAAAAGAAGACAAAGAUAAACCUACAGAUACAACUUCUAACGAAGCUAAAGAAUCGCUAGGAAUUGGCUCUCUGUUUGGCUCCAUAGGAGAAAUCUUUAAAACUGAAACUAUUUCUGCAAAGGUUUCAGAUAAUAUGAAAUCCUCAUAUUCACUUCAGAAUGAGACUGCUGUUGCAGCAAAGAUCAACGCCAGUACCCUAAAUACAGAAAAACAUAAAGAAGCCACUUCAAAAGAAUCAUCUGCUAUUACCUCUAUAUUUGGCUCCAUAGGAGACCUCUUCAAAAUGGAAACAAGUCCUACAAAAGGCUCAGAAAAUAUAAAACCUUCCUCUGAUCCUCAAUGCAGUUCCAUCACUCAUGUCCCAGAUAAACAUGAUGCUAAUGCUCAAAAGGAAAAUACUGAGUCUUCAGGUAUCGCUUCAAUAUUUGGCUCCCUAGGAGAACUUUUCAAAACCGAAACAAUUUCUACAAUGCCUUCAGAUGAUGGAAAAAUUGAAAUCAGUUUUGGGAUUAAUGAGAAUAAGCAAGUUGGGUCAUACAAUGCAGGUCCUGCAAGGAUAAAAACACUGAAAAAACAGGAGACCAUAAGUCAUGUCAGGCGUGAUCCAGAGUGUUGCCAAGAAGAUAAAGAGUUUACACAUUCACAAGAAUCAUUUAAGACAAGGACUAGAUGUUUGAAAAAGCAGGGGACCAUAAGAGAAACUGGCCUGGACCCCCAUCCAGUAACCAGAUCAUAUGACCAAAGCAUGAUGUCCAUGAAUUUAAAUUCACAUAGUGCAUUUGCAGAAACUUCUUCAAAUGCUUGCUCUGAAAAGUUCCACCAAGAAGAUUCUGGACAGUCGUCUAAUGUAUGUAUCGAUCAAGCUAAGCCAAUUAUAUCUGAGAAAAUUCAGUCAAAACCAGUAUGGAAAGAAGAACCUCAAACGAAAUCCUCAACACAGAGCGCCCAGGUGGCUGAAAGUUUGUCACAAACGGCAAGUAGUAUUUUCUCUUUUUUCAGCCGACCUGAAAAACCACAGCCAGCACCAAAACAGACACCAUCUCAGGAUUCUCAGCCACAGGGUCUUUUUAAAUUGCCAUCAUUAUUCUCAUCAAAUAACUCUCAAAGUACAUCCCAGAGUAGUACAUCCUUUUCUAGUAUCUUUGGAUUCUCAAUUUUUGAUGAGAAAAAUCAGACUGGCCCGGACGCCUCAAGAGCAUCAAGGCAAGAUAUCAACAUGUGCAGAAGCCAGGCUCAUGAGAAUGCAAAGCUUAUACAGGACGAAGCUAAUAGAGCAAAUAAGAGUGAAUUAGGUGUAGCCUUUCCAAUAAGUGAUAAGAAAACACAUUCUAACAUAGACUACACCGUUUCAACACAGCUGACAGAUACUUUUUCAGAACAUUAUGACACAACGGAUCCUAAUUUGGACUACCCCAUUUCAGAUACAUUCUCAGAAAAUAAUUUUGUCAGUGAUGAAGAAUCACUUACUAAGUUGGUUUCCCCCAUUUCAGAACAAGUUACAGAUGCUUUUUCAGAAAAUUAUUUAAGGGGAGAUAAAACUCUUUCUAAUUUAGACAACAGAAUUUCAGAACAACUUGAAGAUCAUAAUUAUGAUGAUUUCCAGCCUCCGGAACACGGCGAACUGACCAGUGAAGAUUUUCGAGUUGACACUGACUCUUUCGUUUGUGAACAAGAACCUACAUUUGCUGAAAGUUGUACUAUUUUUGAUCCACAGGACCACUUUGAUGAUAAAAGCUUGUCCACAACCCAAGAGAAUAUAGAUAUUUCAACCAUAAAUAGCAGUUUACAAAAUGAAACCUCAACCUCAAAAGAAUCAAAAAUGUCACAGAACUGCCUUAACCUUCCACAGCCCCCCAUAGAAAAUAUAUCCUUGCAGCAAACUUUAGAUGAUCCCAUGCCAACAAAUCAGCCUAAAGAGUCCAUCCAAGAGAAAACUGUGUUUGAUUCCUCAGUAGAAAUGUUUUCUAGUUUCAUGUCAAAAAUCAACGUGUUCUCAAGUGAACCCCCAAAGACAUCUUCUAGUUUUUCUUUCACACCUCAGUCUACAUCUUCUUUGCCAAAGAAAAACUCCUUGUUUAACAUUUCAUCUGGACCUCAAAAUAAAACUUUUUCCACUGAUUUGUUUGGAAUAUUUACUUCUCCAAGUCCAGCACCCAGUAAAAUGGCUGAAACCUUAGUGAAGGACCCCAAGCAAAGUGGUGUUCCCAAUGUAAGCAUGCCAACAGCAGUUCAUAUAAACAAGCAUUUAAUUAAACAGUCUGAAAUUUGUGAAGGCGUUGCUUUUGAUGAAAGUAGCGAGACAAUGAAAGAAAAUCAUUUGAAAACUGAUGAUGUUAUUGAAACCCAAAUAGUUUGUCCCUCUGAAGCUGCACCUUCAGACAACAAAGACCUGGUUCACGACAUUGAUUUGUGCAUCGUAAAUCGAACUGAGGAGUGUGGAAGUCACAUCUCUGGAACAGAUAAUUCUUCUCAACAUUUAUCAGUUGCUGAGUCGUCCUCUGAACUAUUUGAUGCAAACACAGAUUUGCAAAUUAAUGCACAAAAUGUGACUUUAUCUGAACCAGAGAAUGCUGCAAAGGAUUCCCUUUCAUCAAACUUUAAUGUGCAAAGUAUGAUCACCAGCCCGUCUCAUGUUCCACAGGCUUUGGGAAAAGAUGCAGGAUAUAUACCAUUACCCACACACCCUCCUCCUCCACCAGCUUCUGAAACACUAGAGUUUGGUUUUAUGUCUUCCUUGAAGAAGUUUUCUUCCUCCUUAUUUGAUAUGGGAAAUGAGGGCAAAUACAAUAAACAGUAUGACAGCCAGUCAUCUGUCUUUGGAAAGAUCGAAUUGUCAUUUCCUUGGCAGAAAGAUUCCAAAGAAGGUCUGCUUGGAAGUGCUGUGGACAGCCACCAGGUGGUUUUACAGUCUCCUCCUAAAAAUGUGACUGCAAAAAAUGAGGAGAACCUCCAUACAGAUAGUAUAGCUUUAAAUCAAGAAAACAAGGACCUUUUUCACCCACUUUCUUCUGCUUUGCCAGUUGAGGGAAGUUCUUCUGCUUUGCCAGUUGAGGGAAGUUCUUCUGCUUUGCCAGUUGAGGGAAGUUCUUCUGCUUUGCCCAUUGAGGACAUUACUUCCGCAUUGCCUGUUAGGGAAAGUCAUUCUAUAUUGCCUGCUGAAGAAAGUCCAUCUAAACUGUCAGAUAAUGAAAGUUCUCAAGCUUGCAAACUACCCAGCGAUAAACCAUUGAGCACUGAAGAUUCCAUUAGUGCUUCAUCAAGUCCCACACCUGUUUUCGAAAAAUGCUCAAGAAGCUCCUUAGAUGAUCAGUAUGAGCCAGAACUUAAGCCAAGUGAGCUUACUGUUCCAUCUAGAACAGGUACGCCCACAUAUUCACAGAAGCAAUCAGAGAAGAUACAAGUGGAGCCUAGGAAACCAAAAAGGCCAGUUUAUAGUGAAUGCAUAAUAAAUGGCAUAAGGUGCCAUUUAUAAUGCAGACGUAGAUUUUGUGUAUUGAUACCAUAGAUCAUCCCCCUGCCUCCCUUUUUAGCUAGCUAAGUUAGUCUGUCUCUCAGUAAAACCUCCAAGUAUUGCAGCUUGUUAGUUCCCAAGCAUAUGUAGUAAAAAUGAAUAUUAGAUUCCACUUGCCCCAUAGUAAUUUAUCCUCACGUGUUGAUCUUUUAACCAUUCCCCAUCCUACCUGAUCAUCAAGCAUUUUCUCCACCUCAGGAGAAGACCUUUCUAGAUGAUCAUUUGUAUUUUUAGUAGACUUCUGCUUAGAAGCUUUUGCAUUUUUUUUUUCUUGUCAAGGAUAAUGGUUCGUCAUUACAAGAGGGUACUAGGACACCAGGGCCUUAUGGGAGAUCUAAAUUUUUUUUAAAAAAAUUAUUCAUUAUGUAUAAAAAUUAAAAUUCAUGUUUGUAUGGCCCAUCAUUUGGGGGAUUUUCUGGCUAAAACACCACAGCGCUGAUGCAAUAUCAGUAUUAGAGGACUGUUCUUAGUACCCUCGGUGGUGUAAUGUCUCCAGAAUGAGCAAAAUCAAAGACGUACAAGAGAGGAACCCAUAACAGGCUCACGUUGUGCUUUGAUUGCACUUUUCCUGUAGAUGUGAAGAUUCUCUAUGCACUAACAUUACAGUUUGUUCCAUAUGGAAUUGGCCUGGUUGGUUGUUUUUGUUCAUAGAUAAGGGUGAGCAACUUUAUGUUGCACAAAUAAUAACUGCUGUUCAGUUACUGCAAAUAGAAUCUCUCUCCGUUUGUUCUGUCUCUGACAUCAUCUGCUUGGUGUAUGAUGAAAGCUAAACUAGGCUUCCGCUACCUGAAUUCCUUAUAAGCCCUGGAAACCAGCAGAAAAAGUGUUUGUACCCUUAGUAACCCCAGCCUUCCUCAUGCCUUCUGUGUCGGAACGGCUUCAAUCAACUAAUGACAGUUUCUAUGAGUACAAUUGGGCAAAGCAAGUCCCAUCUAACCUUGGUGAGCUGAAACGCUAAUACUUUUGGCUAUGUCCAUGCUUGGGCCUUGAGAAGUAGAAAAUUCAAUUACCAGUGCACAGAUAAUUCCCCUACUGACCCUUCCUUGGAGAAACGAGUGUAAUAAUGUUCAUUUAAAGCUUUAAGUAAUUGUUUGUGUGAAACAGACAAGCAUCAAGCUUUAAUUUCCCAUCCUCCCUGCAGCACAACUACCCAUUGGGUGCUGUUACAUUAUCAUUCUGUAUUCCGUCUGUCUCUGCUUCUCAAUUUCUCACAUUCACUGAAAACCUCUUGCUUAAAGGAAAACUAUACCCCCCAAACAAUGUAGGUCUCU